GAGCCAGCCGCUGUUCUGACUGCUUGCUCCAGAGAGUGGGAACAUCGGAGAAGGCGGUCUUAUUUACAGAAGACCCCGCUCCCGCUCUCCGUUAGCUAAGUACAAUUCUUCUGGGGACAUUGCCAUCACGAGUUGCACCGUUUUUCUGGAAGACACCCCACUGUUGUUGCGUUGACCUUUCCCUCAUUCCCAGGUCCUCCGGAGUUAUGUCAACAGCUGCCUUACUUACUCUGGUUAGAAGUGGUGGGAACCAGGUGAGGAGAGGAGCGUUGCUCCGCGCCCGCCUGCUGCAGGAGGACAGGUGGGUGACGCCCGCGUGCCACAGCUGCACUUCAGAGCUCAGGUGUUCUCGCUUUGACCCUGAUGGUAGCGGACGACCAGCCACCUGGGAUAAUUUUGGCAUCUGGGAUAACCGCAUCGAUGAGCCGAUUCUGCUGCCACCCAGCAUUAAGUAUGGCAAGCCGAUUCCCAAAGUCAGCCUGGCGAACGUGGGCUGCGCCUCGCAGAUUGGCAAACGAAAAGAGAACGAAGACCGCUUUGGCUUUGCUCAGCUGACAAACGAGGUCCUGUACUUUGCGGUGUAUGAUGGCCACGGCGGACCUGCGGCGGCCGACUUCUGUCACACUCACAUGGAGAAAUGCAUCCUGGAUUUGCUUCCUAAGGAGGAGAACUUGGAAACUGUGUUGACCUUGGCUUUUCUAGAAAUAGAUAAAGCCUUCGCAAGGCAUGCCCAUCUGUCUGCUGAUGCAACGCUUCUGACCUCUGGGACUACUGCAACAGUAGCCCUAUUGAGAGAUGGUAUUGAACUGGUUGUAGCCAGUGUUGGGGAUAGCCGAGCUAUUUUGUGCAGGAAAGGAAAACCCAUGAAGCUGACCAUUGACCAUACUCCAGAAAGAAAAGAUGAAAAAGAAAGGAUUAAAAAAUAUGGGGGUUUUGUAGCUUGGAAUAGUUUGGGACAGCCUCACGUGAACGGCAGACUUGCGAUGACAAGGAGUCUUGGAGAUUUGGAUCUUAAAACCAGUGGUGUGAUAGCAGAACCUGAAACAAAGAGGAUUAAGCUACAUCACGCUGAUGACAGCUUCUUGGUCCUCACUACAGAUGGAAUUAACUUCAUGGUAAACAGUCAAGAAAUUUGUGACUUUGUCAAUCAAUGCCACGAUCCCAAUGAAGCAGCCCAUGCAGUGACUGAACAGGCAAUACAGUAUGGUACUGAAGAUAACACUACUGCAAUAGUUGUGCCUUUUGGUGCUUGGGGAAAAUAUAAGAACUCUGAAAUCAACUUCUCCUUCAGCAGAAGCUUUGCCUCCAGUGGACGAUGGGCCUGAUGGCUUGCUGGGACUCAUAGUUUCUAUGCAACAGUUUUUCACUGAGUGUGUCAAGAAACUGAUUAGAUUUUAAAAAGUCAGCUGUACCGAGGUGACCCUAGGACUCCCUAACUAGAUCAGUACACAAAUCAGUAUAAACUUAGUAACCAUCUACUACAUAGUAGUUUUUCAUAAAUAUCUGUCAUAUUUAUGUUCAACUAAUGGUAUAUACUCAUUAUAAAUAUGUGUAAUUCAACUGUUGUGAAUAGUCUUUGAGUUGAGUGAGCAAAUUAAAAAUGAUUUUGAUACACUUGCUGAGUGUUAAAUUUCUAAUUUUUAAAACUUUUAGGCAGCUAUGAGUUUCUUUUGAUCAUUUCUGAUCUUUAUUCAUUUGAUCAGGUUCUUGCCUUCAAGUUCUUUAAAACUAGUCAAUAUUUUGACAGCUACUCAAUGUGUUAUCUGCAAGUGUUUAUUUUUAAUAACUGUACCAAGCAGUAAGUAUGAAAACUGAGUUCUCUGUUAUUAUAUUUUGUAUUCUGGAUCACUUACUGGUGAAUGUAACAAUGCAAAAGAAAUUAAUUCAGCUAACAUGACACCGCUAAAUUGUAUACAUAUGUACAAUAGUGGACUUAAUGUAUUUCAACUGUGUCACCAGGUCUCUCCUGCCCCACUCAAUUCAUUCCUAUAUUUCUUAGGUAAGAAUGCUAUAUAGCUAUGACUAUUCCUUCACAUCAGAAAAGAAUGUGCAGGCUAAGAGUUCUUUGUUCAAAGCUAUACAGAGUUAAACACUGAUAGUAUCAAGUAUUUUGUAUAAAGUUUCCACUUGUUAUCUCUAAUUCUAUGUUUUGUGUUUUGUAUAUAGUAUGUUUAUAUUGCUUCUUGUAUAGAGUAAGCAAGUCGGAUAAUUUGUCAGUAAAAAUAAUCCCACUGAUUAUUUACUGAUAAUUGCUACAGACAUAGCUUGAGGUUUAUGUCUCCUUUUUCUAAGACUCAUAGGAAAGAAUAAAUCUAAAAAAAAAAAAGCAUUAUCUAUUUCAGCUUGCUAUGUAAUUUAGGAGUAUAAAAUUAUAUUUCCUUAUAUCUGCAUGUAAGUUUGCCGUUAACAUGUGAAUCUCUAAAUGUGUGUAUGGAAUUAUAUCUGCAGCUUAUUUCUGCAGACAGUGUACAUUUGUUAUAUGUGUAGGUGCUUGUACAUAUGUAUAUUUUGCACUAAUGGAAAGUGAAAGGGAACAAUCCUGCAUCGCUCCUUCACCAGUUUACUUUAAAUUAUUGAUAUGCUUAUCUCUAAGUACUCUUGACAAACAGAGAAGUUUUAGAGUGGAGAACCAAUGGUUACUGGGAGAUAAGGAAAUAGAUUAAAAAUGGCUGUAGGAGCUAUUUUGUAGUGGGUAACAUAUGUGAAAAAACCUAAAAAGAACAGCAUGUUGAAACUACAUUGCUGUAUCAUAUUGCAUAGAAAAUAAUAGGAUGUGAGAAAAAUGCUGAAGUGUUAAGAAUGACGUGGAAUUUUGUUGAAACUAAAGAAAAACGAAAAUGAUAAAGCUGAUGUACCUUCAACUCAUAGUUUUCAAGUUGACUUUCUUUUCUUUAAGUUUUAUUGAAGGCUUAUUAGAAGGAGUAGGGCACAAUAUACAAGGGUGAGUCAAAAAUUAUCCGCACGCCAGUUAUAUUAAAACUUCUGUAAAUUCUACAACUGGAGGGUGGAUAAUUUUUGAUUCACCCUCAUAAAUAUUCACAUCUUCUCACCUUUUUGGAAAUGGAAGAAAAUAAAUCUUGAGUUUUCCUGCCUGUAUAAAUCAGGAAUUGUUCUUUGGGAAAAAGUAGCAUGGAAAUAUUUCAAGUUUGUUUUUUUUUUUUCCAAGGAAGUUUGGUAAAAGAAAAACAUUACAAGAAAGAAUAUGGUCUCCUAUUUAUUGACUGGGAAGUGAGGAACAAAAGGUAAGCUAAGAAAGCUGGAAGACUCUCUCGCUUUUUCUGAGUAGGGUCUUGGGACAGGAACAUGGACGCUGCAUUUAGGAGUAUGGAGAGUUUCCAAACUAACAAGCAAACAAACUCUAAAGCACAAGACGACCUUCUAAAACCGUAGGUUUUAUUUUUGUUUUGAAUUCUUCGCAUUGCUAUUCCUCUCUUUUCCUUUAAAAAACAAGGGUGGGAGUGAUGGUGUUGAGUUCAAAGGUCGAAGAGUCACUGAUGCACUGGGAGGAUUGCCAGCUGUGACAGAGAAGAAUUUGUAGGACAUGUAGGCCUUGGUCUGCGGUAGAUUUUGCUCUGCUCCACCUGAAAGUUUUUAAAACCUGAAACUAGUCAGCUUUAACUAAAGCAUAAAAACACACUAGUGUUUGUUUUUCAAGCCACAAUGUUGAAGUAUACUUUAUAGAUUAUUAUAAUCCAUAAAAGAUAACCAUACGUGUAUUAGGCUUCUAUGUCUAUUACUGGAAAUUAUGCAAAAAGUGGGACAAAAGGACUAUUCUAAAUAGUUUUUUAGUUAUAACUGUGAAUAUGCCAUGUGGCUAUUACCAUGUGGGUAUAGGUAUGGUGUAAAUUAUAUUAAUGUAAUUAAACUUAAAUCAAUUGUAUUUAUGUGUGCCUUUCAUUUCUAUGUAGUGUAUAAUAAAUCAUCUUUCUAAAAUAUGUUGCCAAACUUUAUUUGCCAACAUACAUGUUUUGGUGAAAUAUUCUUAAAAUCGUGAUUUUCCACAAGUAUAAAUUCUUAAGUACCUUACAUAUUCAAGUAUAAAUGCAGUCCUGCUUUCCAUCCACCGUUUAUUUGUUCCAGACACUUUGUGUUAAGUGCUUCAAAGUUUUAUGCAUUUUUUUCUGGAGGAAAAAAAAAGUUUUGGCAGGAUGUUUUGAAUUUCUGUACUCUAUGAUGGGAACAUUUAAGUUCCAUUUAAAAAUUACUUUGAAGAAUUGUUAGCAUUUAAUUUAAAUAGAAAUUAUUUCUUCAAAGUGGAAUUUAAUUUUUUUAAACAAAUCUUGGCAGAGAAUGAGUAGGCCUAAUGCUAACUCUUCAGUAUCAGAUAGGAAAUUUAGUUUCCUUUCUAAGAAUGGGCAAGGAUUUAAUUUCAUGGUAAUAUGAUAAGAAAAUGCUUCAAGGUGGAGUGGGGGAAGGGAUGGUUAAAGUUUAGCAUUGAACCCUUAAACAUGUAUUUGUGUUUUCCUUUAGCACUUCAGUUGUUUACAUACGUGUGUCUGUGGAAAGUGACAACAUUUUGAUUGGGUUACAUUUUAUUGUAUUUAUUAUAUUCACUUAUCUGGAUGACUUCAGCAGAAAUAAAAAGUCAUGUCUUUAGAAGCCCAGCUGUGAUGACCUGCCUGUUGCUCUUGGCAUAUGGAAUGAGACCGUUGACCCUCUGGCAGCUCCACUUGGUUGUCAGAUGGUUGAAAUGGUCCAUUGAUGGUCAUAUUGAGCAUUCUAGGCUGUGAAGUCAUGGCGUUGUUCCAUCUCCAAGCAUGACUCCUCUUCCACUGGAUUCCUGUACAGAAUUUAGCAGCUUGCUGUGGCCCAAAUUAGUUUCUGCCUAAGUGCUCAUGUGUACAUUUGUUUUAUAAUUUACCAAAGUACUAAUCGGGUGUAUAGCACUUCUGUAGUGGGUUGAUGUAAUUGCUGCUUUGACCAUUGUUUUAAAAGUAUGUAUUACAGUAACUGUAAGCAUAAUGAAACCAUAUGUCAGUGUUCAAAGCAAAAUUUAAAUAAAGUACAUACA